AAUGAAAGAGUGCCUAAAAAACCAGUUCCAUUUCAACAGAAUUUUGCAUACAAUUUUACUUUCGCUGAAAAAUUAUCCGUUUGUGAAUUUAUACGUUAAUAUUUCAAUGAUCAUAAUCUUCGUCGUCAAGAAAUUGAAUAAAAACAUUGAAACAGAACAAUUCUUUACACAAAACACAAAAUAAACUCGGCGGCUUCUCUACAUUUUCUUGAAAGUUUAUUUAUUAAUUUAAUAAACAACUAAGUGAAUUACAAUGAAGUUAACUGUUGAUGGACUGUUGGUUUAUUUUCCGUACGAUUACAUUUACCCCGAACAAUAUGCCUACAUGCUGGAGCUUAAACGUGCCUUGGAUGCUAAAGGUCAUGGAUUGUUAGAAAUGCCUUCAGGCACAGGCAAAACCAUUUCACUGUUAUCUUUGAUUGUGGCUUAUAUGAUCCAGAAUCCACAUCAUGUUAGGAAACUAAUCUACUGUUCCCGAACUGUGCCAGAGAUUGAAAAGGUUCUGGAGGAGCUCAAAAACCUGAUCAAAUAUUACGAGAAGAGCCAGGGUGAGAAGCCGAGCCUCACUGGAGUUGUGCUCACAUCCCGCAAGAAUCUAUGCAUACAUCCUGAUGUGUCAAGGGAGAGAGAAGGCAAACUAGUGGAUGGUAAAUGUCACGCCCUGACUGCCAGUUACAUACGAGAGAGGCAUGAACGCGACAGCACGGUACCAAUAUGCCAGUUCUACGAAGGGUUCAACAGAGAAGGCAAAGAGUCAAUGCUACCAUUUGGAGUGUACACCAUUGACGAUUUGAAGCAGUACGGUGCUGACAGAAACUGGUGCCCGUAUUUCUUAGCUAGAUUUGCAAUAAUCCACGCAGAGAUCAUAGUGUACUCCUACCACUACCUCCUCGAUCCGAAGAUAGCCGAAGUGGUAUCCAAGGAGCUUCAAAAGGAGGCGGUGGUGGUGUUCGACGAGGCCCACAACAUAGACAACGUGUGCAUCGACUCUUUGAGCGUGAAGGUGACUCGCCGGACCAUAGACAAGAGCACGCAGGCGCUACAGCAGCUGGAGAAGACUGUGGCACAGAUUCGCGAGGAAGACGCGGCGCGGCUGACGCUAGAGUAUGAGCAACUAGUGUCAGGCUUACGUGAGGCGGCCGUGGCUCGAGACACGGACACUAUACUAGGAAACCCCAUCCUGCCUGACGAGGUGCUCAACGAGGUGGUCCCGGGAACGAUCCGCAACGCGGAGCACUUCCUGAGCUUCCUGAAGCGCUUCAUCGAGUACCUCAAGACGCGCCUGCGCAUCCAACACGUCGUGCAGGAGUCGCCCGCCGGUUUCCUAAAAGACGUGGCGGCUCGCGUGUGCAUCGAACGCAAGCCGCUCCGAUUCUGCGCCACCCGACUGUCCUCGCUCAUGAAGACGCUAGAAAUUCCAGACCCGAGCAACUUCUCCGCGUUAACCUUAGUCACGCACCUGGCAACACUAGUGUCUACUUAUACCAAAGGAUUCACGAUCAUCAUAGAGCCGUUUGACGAUAAGACUCCGACGGUGUCGAACCCGAUAUUGCAUUUUUCAUGUAUGGACUCCUCGAUAGCGAUGCGACCAGUAUUCUCCAGGUUUCAAACGGUGAUCAUAACGUCAGGAACGUUGUCUCCGCUGGACAUGUACCCCAAGAUCCUGGACUUCAACCCCGUCAUCAUGAGCUCCUUCACCAUGACGCUGGCCAGGCCCUGUAUCUUACCCAUGAUAGUGUCGAAAGGCAGCGACCAGGUGGCCAUCUCGUCCAAGUACGAGACUCGCGAGGACGUCGCCGUCAUCCGCAACUACGGGCAGCUGCUCGUCGAGAUCUCAGCGUGCGUCCCAGACGGCGUAGUGUGCUUUUUCACAUCCUACAUGUACCUCGAGAGCGUGGUCGGCGCCUGGUACGAUCAAGGUGUAGUAGCGAGUUUACAAAGGCAUAAACUGCUGUUUAUUGAGACGCAAGACUCGGCCGAGACAAGUUUCGCGCUAAUAAAUUAUAUCAAGGCGUGCGAGAGCGGGCGAGGGGCAGUACUACUGUCAGUGGCUCGCGGCAAGGUGUCUGAAGGCGUGGACUUCGAGCACCACCUGGGCCGCUGCGUGCUGAUGUUCGGCAUCCCCUACGUGUUCACGCAGUCGCGCAUCCUCAAGGCGCGCCUCGACUACCUGCGCGACCAGUUCCAGAUUCGAGAAAAUGACUUCCUAACUUUUGAUGCGAUGCGACACGCUGCGCAAUGCGUCGGAAGAGCAUUGAGAGGCAAGACGGACUACGGCAUCAUGAUUUUCGCAGACAAGCGCUUCAGCCGCGCCGACAAGCGCUGCAAGCUGCCGCGCUGGAUACAGGAACACCUCAAGGAUUCCCUCUGCAACCUCAGCACAGAGGAGGCUGUGCAGAUCUGCAAACGCUGGUUGCGAGCCAUGGCGCAGCCCUUCACGCGCGAAGACCAGCUGGGCGUGUCGCUGCUCACGCUGGCCCAGCUGCAGAGCCCGCAGCAGCAGCAGCGCAUCGAGGAGCGCGUCAUACAGAAGUGAGGCAGCAGGGCUAGUGACGCAGCCUCGAGACCAGCUGGGCGUGUCGCUGCUCACGCUGGCCCAGCUGCAGAGCCCGCAGCAGCAGCAGCGCAUCGAGGAGCGCGUCAUACAGAAGUGAGGCAGCAGGGCUAGUGACGCAGCCUCGAGACCAGCUGGGCGUGUCGCUGCUCACGCUGGCCCAGCUGCAGAGCCCGCAGCAGCAGCAGCGCAUCGAGGAGCGCGUCAUACAGAAGUGAGGCAGCAGGGCUAGUGACGCAGCCUCGAGACCAGCUGGGCGUGUCGCUGCUCACGCUGGCCCAGCUGCAGAGCCCGCAGCAGCAGCAGCGCAUCGAGGAGCGCGUCAUACAGAAGUGAGGCAGCAGGGCUAGUGACGCAGCCUCGAGGAGCGCGUCAUACAGAAGUGAGGCAGCAGGGCUAGUGACGCAGCCUCGAGACCAGCUGGGCGUGUCGCUGCUCACGCUGGCCCAGCUGCAGAGCCCGCAGCAGCAGCAGCGCAUCGAGGAGCGCGUCAUACAGAAGUGAGGCAGCAGGGCUAGUGACGCAGCCUCGAGGAGCGCGUCAUACAGAAGUGAGGCAGCAGGGCUAGUGACGCAGCCUCGAGACCAGCUGGGCGUGUCGCUGCUCACGCUGGCCCAGCUGCAGAGCCCGCAGCAGCAGCAGCGCAUCGAGGAGCGCGUCAUACAGAAGUGAGGCAGCAGGGCUAGUGACGCAGCCUCGAGGAGCGCGUCAUACAGAAGUGAGGCAGCAGGGCUAGUGACGCAGCCUCGAGACCAGCUGGGCGUGUCGCUGCUCACGCUGGCCCAGCUGCAGAGCCCGCAGCAGCAGCAGCGCAUCGAGGAGCGCGUCAUACAGAAGUGAGGCAGCAGGGCUAGUGACGCAGCCUCGAGACCAGCUGGGCGGGUCGCUGCUCACGCUGGCCCAGCUGCAGAGCCCGCAGCAGCAGCAGCGCAUCGAGGAGCGCGUCAUACAGAAGUGAGGCAGCAGGGCUAGUGACGCAGCCUCGAGGAGCGCGUCAUACAGAAGUGAGGCAGCAGGGCUAGUGACGCAGCCUCGAGACCAGCUGGGCGUGUCGCUGCUCACGCUGGCCCAGCUGCAGAGCCCGCAGCAGCAGCAGCGCAUCGAGGAGCGCGUCAUACAGAAGUGAGGCAGCAGGGCUAGUGACGCAGCCUCGAGGAGCGCGUCAUACAGAAGUGAGGCAGCAGGGCUAGUGACGCAACCUCUGCUGGUAAGAGCGCGUUGCAUAAAAGCCCAAAUGUUCAUCGAGGAGCGCGUCAUACAGAAAUGAGACAGCAGGGCUAGUGACGCUGCCGCUGCUGGGAAAAGCGCGUCGUAUAAAGCCCAAAUGUUGCCACAUGACCUUCGCAAAUUAGUAAUCUGCCACUGCUAUCGAGAAGCGCGUCAUACACAAGUGAGCCAAGCUACUGGAGUGACGACACCUCUGCUGGGAAUAGCGCGUCGUAUAAAAGCCCAAAUGUUCAUCAAAAGUCCAUCGAGGAGCGCGUCUUACAGAAGUGAGCCAACAGGGGCUAGUGACGCAACCUCAAGAGCGCGUCGUAUAAGUCAAACGCUGGCACAGGCCACGAGCUCAGUGACUCACUCUCUGCAGGCAAGAAUUGCAACAUACAAGUCCGCCACGCCCUGAUGCUGAAAAGUUGUUGCUACAUGACUCACGAAAACUCCCAGUUAUCUAAGAAUGCGUAAUACAGAAGUGAGAGUGAGCCAAGCGCUGGCGCGGGCCACGAGGUCAAAGACCUACCCUUUUCUGACAAGCAUCAUUUAGUAUAAGCCACGCCCCAAUGUUGAUGCCAUGUGACACAGAAGAAAUCUUCCAUUGCUGUCGUAGAGCAUUUAAUACAAAAGAAUUGAGGAGCAAUUUCGUGGUAAAAUCAGGCUGAUCUUAAUGUAAGGGUACAUAGGCUAAGUACAAUAAGUAUUUUGUACAAAACUAUAAUAAUAUAAUUGUAAAAACUAAAAGACUCGAUGAAAGUUUUUUUAUUGUUUA